AUGGUCUCCAAGGGCAUGAUCAAGGAUGCCAAGAUGCCAACAAUAUUGAGCGGAUCAAGCGUGUGUCAGGGUUGUCUAGGAGGAAAAACGGUUCAACGAACGUUCCCAAGCAACCUAAACAAGCGCCAAUACGAUCCGUUUGAGCUUCUACACAUCGACACUUGUGGUCCACUGGAAGUCGACUCGCUAGGUGGAAGCAAGUACUUGAUACUGAUCGUCGAUGAAGGCAGCGGAUGUAUGAAGGGUUUCAGUCUGCGCGCCAAGUCCGACAGCGAAGAGUGCAUCAAGAAGUACAUCAUGGCAGUACAGACGCAGUUUAACUACAAGGUCAAGUUCGUUCGACACGAUGGUGCACGCGAAUUUACGGCGAAUUUGCUCAAGGCAUUUUACGAUGAUCAAGGAAUCGAGCAGCAAGUUACCGUUCUAUAUGCGCAUCAGACCAACGGCAUGGCGGAACGGGCAAUUCGGACCAUUGUGACAAUCGGGAACAGCAUGCUUCACUACGCCAUAGCUGGACAAGUGUUUUUGGGCUGA